AUGACUUCUCGGGCUGCUCCCUCCUGCACUCCUUCACUUCCUCCAUCCUACACUCCUUCACUUCCUCCCUCCUUCACUCUUUCACUGCUGCUUCCUGCACUCCACUGCUCCCUCCUGCACUUCUUCUCUUCCUCCCUCCUGCACUUCUUCACUUCCUCCCUCAUGCACUUCUUCACUUCCUCCCUUCCGCACUCCCCCACUGCAGGACCGGUGAGCUCAGAGCCGUUUCUUGGGUUUGGAGCAGCCAGGUCGCCUGGCGACACAUCAGCUGCGCAUUUCACGUACACCAAGGUGUUUGGCACGGCGCGGGACAUGACCGUCAAGGACUCGCCGCAGUCGCUCGCCUCCACUCUCCUCCGCGCCACCCCCACACCAGAGCCGCCACCAAGCACGUCUGUGCGGCCGUACGAGCAGCUGCUCGCCACAAGCUGUGCGCCCACGUGUGCGCUGGCCAUGCUGGCCAAUGGCCGCUGCGACCCCGCAUGCAACGUGGCUCCUUGCGACUUCGAUGGGGGCGACUGUGCCUGCGCCACUGCCCAUGCUGCUGGGGCUGGUGGCAGCAGCACUGGCAGCGCUAGUGGAUAUGUGCAGUGGUGUGAAUGCCCAGUGCUGCAAACGCGGGGGGGUGAUGGAGCGUGCUGUGAGGCGGCGGGAGUUGGGGAGGCCAUCAAGGUGCCCUUCAGGCUGCGCCGCUUUGGCUCCACUGUGCAUCCCCUCGACGCCACUCCCGCCACCAAUGCCUCUCUGCUGCCACGCACUGUCUCCCAGUACAACAGGUGCCGCACUGUCUCCCAGUACAACAGGUGCCGCACUGUCUCCCAGUACAACAGGUGCCGCACUGUCUCCCAGUACAACAGGUGCCGCACUGUCUCCCAGUACAACAGGUGCCGCACUGUCUCCCAGUACAACAGGUGCCGCACUGUCUCCCAGUACAACAGGUGCCGCACUGUCUCCCAGUACAACAGGUGCCGCACUGUCUCCCAGUACAACAGGUGCCGCACUGUCUCCCAGUACAACAGGUGCCGCACUGUCUCCCAGUACAACACAUGCCAUUGCCCUACUGCCUCUCUGCAUUUCACCUCUCUGAAUGCUGUCUACCCAUACCGCUGGAACUCUGACCGCUGUGCCAACAGCAGGUUCCACUUCCAGGACGCAUGUGUGGGGGGGGAGUCGGCGAGUGCGUUUGGGGUGAACCCGGUGUUCCUGCCGUCCUCCUCGCUCUACAACCCCAAUGUCGCCGUCACCAACACCACUGCCUUCACCAACCAGCCCUUCGCCAACCCCUUUGAGCUCAACGCCAAGGGGCUGCCCUUUGGCUUCCAGCAGCUCCCCGGCAGCGGGCGGUUCCCGAUCGUGUUUGACGUGAAUCUGGAUAACGCGGGGGCAACACGGCGGCUGCAGUACUUGGUGGACGGCUUCUUCAUCGACAACUACACCCGCUCCAUCAACGUUGGGCUCAUCACCCGCAAUGCGAACGAGCAUCUAUUCACGGCCACCAAGGCCAGCCUGACGGUGCAGUCGGGCGGCAGCAUGGAGGCGGUGUUCCAGGUGCAGCCGGUGAACGUGGAGUAUUACAACAUGAAUGAGAGCAGCAACGUGGCGCGCCUCGUGCUGGAGCUGCUCUUUGUGGCGGCGGUGGCGUGGAGCAUCGUGGAGGAGGUGAAGGAGAUGCUGUGGACGUGGAAGGUGCAGCGCCGCUCCUUCUGGCACUACGCCAGCAAGGGGUGGACGUGGGUGGACUGGCUCUCCAUCGCUCUCCAGAUCACCGCCAUCGCCAUCUGGAUAGCAGUGGCGGUGAUGCGAGCACAGGGGUUCACUAUCCAGCCUCACUACGACAUCUACUACACGCUCGACGACAACCCGCGCUACUGGUCGCUGCCCAACCCACCCGUGGGCUAUCAGGCGGCCAUGUCAGCGGUGGACACGCUUGGCUUCAUCACCAACCUCUGCUCCGUCUACUUCGCCCUUCAGGGCAUCAAUGUGUUCAUCAUGGUGCUGCGCCUCUUGAAGCUGAUGGACUUCCAGCCCAACAUGGGCAUCAUCACCCGCUCCAUCCGGGCAGCCCUGCCGUCGCUGCUCCACUUCUUCAUUCUCUUCUUCAUUGUCUUCGUGGCAUACGCCACCUACGGCUACCUGGUGUUUGGGAUGACCUUAGUACAG